GGCGGCCCCGUGCGGAACCGGCCGGUGAUGGCCCGGGGCGGCGGCAGAAACCGGCCCGCGCCCUACAGCCGGCCGAAGCAGCUCCCCGAGAAGUGGCAGCACGACCUGUUUGACAGCGGCUUCGGGGCGGGGGCCGGCGUGGAGACCGGCGGGAAGUUGCUCGUCUCUAACCUGGACUUCGGCGUCUCGGAUGCGGACAUCCAGGAGCUCUUUGCAGAGUUUGGGACCUUGAAGAAGGCAGCUGUGCACUAUGACAGAUCUGGUCGCAGCUUAGGGACGGCGGACGUGCAUUUUGAGAGGAAGGCUGAUGCUCUGAAGGCGAUGAAGCAGUACAACGGGGUCCCCUUGGAUGGGCGCCCCAUGAACAUCCAGCUGGUGACAUCACAGAUCGACACGCAGCGGAGACCAGCACAGAGUGUAAACAGAGGUGGCAUGACCAGAAACCGUGGGGUCUCAGGGGGAUUUGGAGGUGGAGGCAACAGGCGAGGGACUCGUGGCGGGAACAGAGGGAGAGGCAGAGGAGCUGGAAGAACUUCCAAACAGCAGCUCUCUGCAGAAGAACUAGAUGCACAGCUGGAUGCUUACAAUGCCAGGAUGGACACUAGCUAAAGCAGCAGUGGCGGGCGCAGGGAAGGACUCCGAUCUCGCUCCACACUCCCCGCGGGGGCUGCGGCUGUGGCUACUACUACCGAGGAUGGGAUUUGUUUUACUUUUAUGUUCUGGGAUAGGUUUUAACUCCUGUAAAGGUUUUUUUUAAUUCUGAGCAGACCUGUUUUGUACCGAGUUAUUUUUGGGAUAAAUUUUUCUGGUUGCCUGUUGGGCUGAGGUGGCUUUUUCACCUUUGCCAUAAUAAAAUAGAACCGUGUCUAGAGCUGUG